AUGAAAGCAAGUGUUAUUGUCGUUAUUUUAUGUCUUAUUGUACAGCAAACAAAUUGCGAGAAAUGUCACCAAAAAUGCAUUUGUAACCCAAAAAUUCUCACUUGUAAAGGUUUUAAUCAAGAUGAUAUUGAGAGUGAUGAAUUUGCAAACUCUAUUACAACUGAACUUGAAAAAAUUCAUAUAACAGAUGGAGACAUUCCCGAAUUGCCAAGAAAUCUUGUUGGAUCAUGUGCUGACGAUUCUAGUUAUCAUCUGGAUGCUUUGAAAAAGUUAGAUUUACAAAACAAUGGGAUAAAGAAAAUAAAUGGACAAACACUCCACUGUAUGAAAAAUUUGGAAGAAUUGAACCUUGCAAAUAAUCAGUGGAAUGUUUCUACAGUGCACACAAGGACAUUUACAAAUGUCCAAAAUUUGAAAAAGUUGAAUUUAAGUGAUGCUUUGCAUGACGAGAUUGACAGUCAAGUUCAUAUCAAACAUCUUCGGCUUGUGUUCUUGGAAAGUCCAUUUACCAAACUUGAAGUAUUAGCACUUGACAACAAUAAAUUAUCGGUUUAUGAUGCAGAUACUGCUAAUACAAUGUGUACAUUUACAUCGCUGAAGAGAUUAAAUCUUGCUCACAACAUAAUUCCGAGCUUGACCUUUUAUCAUAAAAGAUGUUUGACACAUCUGGAAUACCUUGAUUUAUCUUAUAAUAGUAUAAGUACAUUCGAAGCAUAUUCUAAUCAUAAUGGGCUUCUUUUUUCACUAGAUCAAAUUCAGAAAGCAUCAAAUCUUUCUGUCAAUUUCUUUGGAAAUGAAUUUGACUGUAAUUGCCAGAUGCAAGAUUUCCAUGACUGGCUAAAGAGAACAGAAGUCCAUGUUUUUAAGAAAAACAGCCUGAUAUGUCAUGACGGUUUGCACUUUAACAGAUCCAUAGUAUCAGUGCCGUCAGCUGAAUUUGCGUGUUUGUCUGGGGACAGCGGUAACAGAUCUACUAGUAAUGCAGCUGUUGGCGUUUUGGUCACAAUGUUCGUCUUGCUUGCUAUAUUCCUGAGUGUAAUUGCUUACAUCAAGAGAGAUACAAUUAAACAUUUUGUAACCUCAUUGAAGAGACCAUCUAUGGCCAAGAGCCAUUUGUUAGGUAAUUAUUCAUCAGUGAAUAAUGAAAAUGCAACAGACAUGGAAGUUUAA